AGCUGAAGACAUCGGCUCAGUCAUGUAAUCAGCUGUGUCCAAUCACAGCUGAUCGCAUGGGACAUUGUACACUGAUGAUCAGGGGCACUGAUGAUCAGUGUGCCCUGAUGAUCAGUGUAGCCCCAGCAGUGCCACCUGUCAGUGCCCUUCAAUGCCACCCUGCCAGUGCCCAUCAGUGCUACAUAUCAGUGCCUACCAGUGCACAUCAAUGCCACAUAUCAGAGCCCAUUUUGAGCUGCCUUUUCAGUGCCACCUAACAGUGCCAGUCAGUGCUGCCAAUCAUGUGCGCAUCAGUGCCACCUAACACAGUGCCAGUCAGUGCCACCUAACAGUGCCCCGCCUAUCAGUG